AUGAAGAUUUCCAAGCACAAGAAUGACGCCGGAGAAGAAGGCUUUAAGAUGACACCGGAUGAUCCAGAAGAUCUGUGGAUCGCUUACAAACUGAUUUCUCCGGGAGACACGGUUACUGCUUCAACUUUCAGGAAAGUGAAAAGAGAAUCGAGUGGAAGAAACUCUACUGCAGAGCGAGUUAAGCUCGAGUUAGGAAUCCAAGUCGAGGUGGUUCCUGAUAAUUACAUUGUCGGAUCUGUUCUUCGAAUAGGGGGAAAGAAUAUUACCGAAAAUGACCAUGUGAGUUUAGGAGCAUAUCAUACUUUGGAGAUUGAUUUCAAACGAGCUUUUGUGUUGACAAAGAAGGUUUGGGAUUCACUGGCCUUGGAGGAACUCGAACAAGCCUCCGAUCCUGGGGCUAGUGCUGAUCUAGCUGUGGUGUUGAUGCAAGAAGGACUAGCACAUAUUAUGAAAGUUGGUAAAAGCGUGACAAUAACUUGUGCAACAAUUGAGACUUCAAUUCCUCGCAAGCAUGGACCUUCGGUAAAGGGUUAUGAGUCGGCUUUGAGUACAUUUUUCGAGAGGGUCUUGCAGGCUUUCUUGCAGCACGUCGAUUUCAGCAUUGUUAAAUGUGCUGUGAUUGCUAGUCCAGGUUUCACCAGGGAUCAGUUUCAUAAACACUUGCUGUUGGAAGCAGAAAGAAAGCAGCUGAGACCAAUUAUUGAGAACAAAUCCCGGAUGAUCCUUGUGCAUUCUAGCUCGGGUUACAAGCAUAGUUUGAGUGAGGUUCUUGAUGAUAAGGAAAUUAUGAGCAAGAUAAAAGAUACUAGAGCAGCAAAAGAGGUCCGAGCGCUCCAAGAAUUCUUCAGUAUGAUGUCAAAUGAAGCAAACCGUGCGUGUUAUGGACCGAAGCAUGUCGAGGUUGCUCAUGAUAAAAACGCUGUGCAAACCUUACUGAUAACAGAUGAGCUCUAUAGGAAUGCUGAUGUAAAAGAGAGGCAAAAAUAUGUUGAUUUUGUGGAGUCAGUCAAGGAUUCGGGCGGCACUGUUCAUGUAUUUUCUUCCUUGCACGUUUCAGGAGAACAACUAGCGCAAAUUACAGGCAUCGCUGCAAUCCUUCGUUUCCCUCUACCCGAAUUGGAUGAUAUAGAGAUGUAA